CGACACGCGAAAGGGCCAGUCUACUUUGAAGAACGUUGCAGAAUGAAACGUGACUGAUGUUCUUCGUGAAAAAAAUACAUGAUUUUCUCCGAAGACGAUAAGAAAAUAGAACUUUUGAGUUCGUAAACGACUGUCAAGAUGCCAUACGCUAAUCAACCAUCCAUUGCAAUUACUGAACUGAAAGAAGACAACGUCAAAUUUGUGAUUGAAGACACCGAUUUGAGUGUUGCAAACAGUUUGCGUCGAGUAUUCAUUGCUGAGACGCCUACAUUAGCCAUCGAUUGGAUUCAGAUUGAGGCUAAUAGCUCAGUCCUGCACGAUGAAUUCAUUUCACAAAGAGUAGGUUUAAUUCCCCUGACGAGUGAUGAUUUUGUUGACCGAAUGAACUACAACCGGGACUGCAACUGUGAUGAGUUCUGCCCAGAGUGCUCCGUUGAAUUCAUUCUCGACGUCAAAUGUACGGACGACCAGACGCGUCACGUCACAUCACGAGACCUCAUCUCCAAUAAUCCAAAAGUAGUCCCCGUGACCUCAAGACACAGGGAAGACGAGUCCAGUGAAUAUGGCGAAACUGAUGAUAUCCUCAUCGUGAAACUGCGCAAGGGGCAGGAGUUGAAAUUCCACGCCUUUGCCAGGAAAGGUUUCGGCAAGGAGCACGCCAAGUGGAUCCCGACGGCCGCCGUUGCCUUUGAGUACGACCCAGACAACUCCUUCCGGCACACCGUGUACCCCAAGCCGGAGGAGUGGCCCAAGAGCGAGUUCACGGAACUGGAUGAUGAGACACCUGAGGCAGCAUUUGACGCUAAUUCCAACCCGAGGAAGUUCUGGAUCAACGUGGAGUCGUGCGGCGCCCUCAGGCCAGAAAACAUCGUCCUCUCGGGCCUGGCCGUACUCAAGAAGAAACUGAGCGACCUUCAAACACAACACAGCCACGAGACGCAGAGCGAAGUACUGGCAAUCAAUUAAUAUUAUUUAUGAAGGGGGGGGGGUAAAAAUCUUGGCUUCAUCUCGGGGUUUCGACUUG